CAACGCUGGCAAUUUUAAUAUGCUCCUUCAUAGGGCAGAAACAUCUGUCUUCUAAGCUCCCUGGAACAACUGGGAUAUAGUUCCUCAUUUCAAUCAGGGAAUUUCUUCCUGAACCAAACUGCAAAAACAGAGUAUUUGAGUAGCACGUUUCACUUGCAGCGUUUGUUCAUUUUGGAGUGUUUUUGGACAGGAAAUUGAUCUACAGGGUAACAUUCACACAAGAAAGGAAACAGUAUGGGACGAUGGCUUGUUAGUACAAGUGACUCUGUUUUGGAAAUUACGGAUGAGAAACCUUGGUGGAAGAACGGCAUUAAAGAUCAAAAGCAUGAUGACUCCUGAUGAGAACAUCCCCAAAUGAUGAACCCGCAAGCAAAAAGGAACUUCUACUUGGCGGCACCUGACUUGCUGGACCCUAAAUCUGCCGCUCAGAACUCCAAACCGAGGCUCUCGUUUUCCACGAAACCCACAGUGCUUGCUUCCCGGGUGGAGAGUGACACGACCAUUAAUGUUAUGAAAUGGAAGACGGUCUCCACGAUUUUCCUGGUGGUUGUCCUCUAUCUGAUCAUCGGAGCCACCGUGUUCAAAGCAUUGGAGCAGCCUCAUGAGAUUUCACAGAGGACCACCAUUGUGAUCCAGAAGCAGACAUUCAUUUCCCAGCACUCCUGUGUCAAUUCAACCGAGCUGGACGAACUCAUCCAGCAAAUAGUGGCAGCAAUAAAUGCAGGGAUUAUACCUUUAGGAAACACCUCCAAUCAAAUCAGUCACUGGGAUUUGGGAAGUUCCUUCUUCUUUGCUGGCACUGUUAUAACAACUAUAGGAUUUGGAAAUAUCUCACCGCGCACAGAAGGGGGGAAAAUAUUCUGUAUCAUCUAUGCCUUACUGGGAAUUCCCCUCUUUGGUUUUUUGUUGGCUGGAGUUGGAGAUCAACUAGGGACCAUAUUCGGAAAAGGAAUUGCAAAAGUGGAAGAUACAUUUAUUAAGUGGAAUGUUAGUCAGACCAAGAUUCGCAUCAUCUCAACCAUCAUAUUUAUACUGUUCGGCUGUGUACUCUUUGUUGCUCUGCCUGCAAUCAUAUUCAAGCACAUAGAAGGCUGGACUGCCCUGGACGCCAUUUAUUUUGUGGUCAUCACUCUAACAACCAUUGGAUUUGGCGACUACGUAGCAGGUGGAUCGGAUAUCGAAUAUCUAGACUUCUACAAGCCUGUCGUGUGGUUUUGGAUCCUUGUAGGGCUCGCUUACUUUGCUGCUGUCCUGAGCAUGAUUGGGGACUGGCUCCGAGUGAUAUCAAAAAAGACAAAGGAAGAGGUGGGAGAGUUCAGAGCCCACGCCGCUGAGUGGACGGCAAACGUCACCGCCGAGUUCAAGGAGACCAGGAGGCGCCUGAGCGUGGAGAUCUACGACAAGUUCCAGCGCGCCACCUCCAUUAAGCGGAAGCUGUCGGCGGAACUCGCCGGGAACCACAACCAAGAGCUGACCCCGUGCAGGAGGACCCUGUCCGUGAAUCACCUGGCCAGCGAGAGGGACGUCCUGCCUCCCUUACUGAAAACUGAGAGUAUCUAUUUGAACGGAUUGACGCCCCACUGUGCAGGCGAGGAGAUUGCGGUGAUCGAGAACAUUAAGUAGCCCUCUCUUUGAAGAGCCUUAGGCGUAGCCAUAGGUGAGGACUUCUGUAUGCUCUUUAAUGACUGUUGCUGGUAGCAUUUUUUAAAUUGUGCAUGAGCUCCAAAGGGGGAAACAAAAUAGAUAACACCCAUCAUGGUCAUCAACCAUCAAGAGAAUUUGGAUCCUGAGCCAGCACUAUUUUUUUGAUGACGCUUGUUGAACGGUCCACGUUCUUUGACAAGUGGAAUAAAACAAGCAAUGUCUGAUGCCUUUCUGUGCCCAGACUGUUUUCCUCCCUCUUUUCCUAAUGUGCCAUAAGGCCUCAGAAUGAAUUAUAAUUGUUUCUGGUGAUAAUGUAGCUUUGAGGGAUCAGUCCUUAACUUUUCAGGGUCUACCUAACUGAGCCUAGAUAUGGACCAUUUAUGGAUGACAACAUUUCUUUUUGUAAAUGGCAAGAGAUUCUUAUGCAGCCUUUUACCUAAGAAAUUUUCUGUCAGUGCCUUAUCUUACGAAGAAACAGAACCCCUCUAGCUAAUGUAUGGUUUCUCCUUCCCCGCCCUACCCCUAGGCUCACCUCUGCAGCCCUUUAUCCCACAACUCCCGUUUGAAUACCAUACCUUGCUGGAAACAGUGUGUAAAAUGAAGUGAUGAUGCCCGAAGAAGGAAUAGAUGCCACAUUAGAUGGACAUUGAAGCAACACUCAGAAAUUCUAGCGUUAAAGGCACUGCAAAGAAAUGAGGUGCACAGAUGGUCCCUCUGAGUAUUUAUUUGACUCAGGUACCAGUGGUACAUAUACACAGUGUAAUUAUUUCCAGGCCGGUAAAAUUGGCGGCUCCAAACAGUCCCUUUUUUCCUGGCAGUAUUUGGAAUUUAUCAUUUAAUAACUACAUUUUUUAAAGGUGGAAGAAAAAAAAAAAUAUAUAUAUAUAUAUGAUCUGAUAGGAGAAAGCUGUCAGACAUGGAUAGUAUUGGAGGUGAUUUAAGACAAUUGGUGUGAAAGAAGAUAGCACGAUAAUGUGUUAUGAGGCAUUUGCUAAUAAACAUUAUACUGCCAGCACCUAUUUGCUUUUUGACGUGGAAGGCUUACACGAUUUUCUUUCCCUGGGUGACUUUCGCCAGACAGGGGAGGUGACGCUGUAGCUGGAGUUGGGCACAGCCUAGCCUUGUGUGGGUGUCCCUCUGGAGCUGCGACUGAGUUUGAGAGAAGUGGAAACUGGGAUCACUGUGAUAUAUUGCACAUGGAAAAAAAAUGCAGAUUGCAGGCAUAAUUCAUCUUUGACAUUAGAGAAAAGCUGUUAUAGCACAAUUUAAAUCUUGGGAGCUUUUUUUUUUUUUAGAUAGAAAAUGCUGAUAACCCUUUUUAGUUGAAUUUUAUAUCCUGUAACUCUUUGGAUGUUUCCAAGAUUCAGAAAAAACUCAUUACAGGCACCUAGUAGAUUGCUACUCUCGUUUAUUUUCAUACUUAGAUCUGCUGUACAUUGUAUGUAUAAUUUUUAAAAUGCAGAAAGAUGAUUUCCCCAAAUACAAUUACAAAACAUUUCUUUUAUUCUGGGGAGUGACAGUGGUGGAAAUAUCUGAAUAAGUAGCAUUCAGAUUAGGGUCUUAAAAAAUAAACAGGAUCUUUAAAAAAAAAAAACAUCUAAAUAGAUGCUUAUUUUCCAAAAUUUAAAUUUAAGCUAGACAUGUAAAUAUUAUGUAAACUUGUUGAAGGUACUUUUAUAAACUUAAAAAAUUCUAACCAAAAUUUUAGAAAGUCAGGCUCUUUUAGAAAGAAAGCUACACUCAUCUCCUCAAUAACUGUUCUGAAAGUUCAUAUGGUGGAAUGCACCAUGUAUAAACUGUGAAUUGUAUUGACAAAUAAAGUUUGUACUUAAAGUCAGCAUUUUCUGAGUGUCCUGCUUGCUGCUGAGAAUGCAGAAGGGAUUCUAGCUGAGUAGAACUCCAGGACGUCACUUUUCAUGCUGAGUUUUCUGUGGCUCCUUCAUUCAUAAUAUUCAAGAAAUAUUUCUGAUGCAGUAUUACUACCCUUGGCAAAUACAGAAUGUUCUUCUUGGUGACUGUUAAUCGAAAGUAAACAUCCUGAAAUUGCACUUUUGAAAUAGGGUAUUUUAAAUUGCAUAUAAAUUCAAGAUUGUUUCUAUUAAAUCAUGACAUAUCAAUAGCUUAUUUUAUCACUGUUAGACCUGUCUUGACACUGAGUUAAUCUGAAUGCCAAAAACAGGCACCUGAAUAUUUUUUUCUAAGGAAAAAAAUAAAACAAAACAAAAAACAAUAAAAAAUCCUGGCAGUGUUGAAGCCUAAAGAAGGCAGUUGCCAACUAAAUUUCUAAACCUCAUGCCCCAAAUAUUUGAACAUAUCUUAUCAGUGUCUUACAUAAAUAUAUUAUUUAUUCAUCCCCAUGCACCUUGAUGCUUAGUAAAUAGCUUAAAACUCGUUCCCGACAUUAUCCUCAAAAUUGGGGAAAAUCUAAGAAAAAGUGUGUAUUUUAUCAAUUUUAUUCCCUCAAGCUUUGUUCACUUAAUUUGUAAAUUUAAAAUUACUUUGUUUACUGUGGAAAGAACAUUGAUAAAGGUUUUAACAUAGUCUAGAAUCUUCUAGUGAAUUUUUUUUUUCCAAUAGACCAGUUUGAGUGAGUUUUGCCCUGAAGAAUAUCGGAGGAAAAAAUUAAGUACUAGGAUCAGCAAGGAUCAGGAACUCUUUGACAUGAAAUCUUAGACAUGGAUUCUAGACAAGAAUCCUCUACCUUAUAGCUAUUAAAUGUAAAAGUGAUUAUUUUGGAGUUCUUUCAAUUUCUCAUACAAAUCUAUGUCACACACCCUUUUUUCAAUAACACUUCACUCUUGUAAUACAGGAAAUAGUGAAACUUCUAAAGCCAGGAGGGAACUGAAUAAUUUGUGUCUUGGCCAUCAAAAAGGUGGGAGCAGUGUGUUUGUAGGGCUUUGUUUCUUUCUCAAAUUCUAAGGAGCAUGUGACACACAAGAAGACUAAAUCCCUCCUUUGUGUAAAAAAUGUGUAGAAUUCUUUGAUUCUUAAGGCUAGACGUUCAAGCAGACUAAGUGAAAUUUCAGAUGGAAUACGAAAACAAACAAACAAAUUUAGCCAUUCUAAAGAUUUGAUAUAGCUAUUUACGCCUAGGAACUGGACACCUAGAUCAACUUCUAUUUUUGUUUUCUUUUUUAAAAAAAAACAUUUUCUGUUCUAAGUAAAAUCAUAACUUAUUUGUGGUUUGCAUUCUUUAUUAAAAUGUGAGUACAAAUUUGCUUUUGUAUAAAGUAAAAGAUGUCUCUAUUUGAAUACUCAUAAUUUCAUUAAAAUUAAUAUAUGAUUUUGCCCCAGCAUGAGUUUACUUAAAUGUGUAAAACUUUCAUAGUGAAAUGUACUGGCCUUGCACAUACUCUUGUGUCAGUUCCAAGAGGGAACCUGGUUACUUUUAAUAGGUGGUUUUCAUUGUGGUUUUAAGGGGAAAUUUUCAUAAGCCCCACGUGCUUCCUUCCUUCCUCCCACCCUACCAUAAAGGUUUAUCCAGCUUUUUUUUACUUCACAUUUUUAUUUAUUCUUGAGAGACAGAGACAGAGCACGAGCGGGGGGGAGGGGCAGAGAGAGCGGGAGACACAGAAUCUGAAGCAGGCUCCAGGCUCUGAGAGGUCAGCACAGAGCCCGACACGGGGCUCGAACUCAUGAACUGCAAGAUCAUAACCUGAGCUGAAUUUGGAUGCUUGACCUACCAAGCCACCCAGGCGCUCCAGGUUUAUCCAGCUUUUGUUUCACACUUGACCCUUCCCCACUCAGAUCUCAACUAUGGCUUCCCAUAAGGCAGGGAUUAGUUCCAAGGACCAGGAGUUUCGGCUCUGCUCUUUUAUUUGACUCAACACUAUUUGUUCACUAAACCCUAGCUGUUACUAUUUUUAAUAUUCAUGAAACCAUUUGUUAUUUUCCUAGUAUUAGCAUUAGAAAAUAUUUUCACCGUGUUAUGCUUGUCUCAAUAUACAACUAUUUUUUUCUUUUCAUCUGUCAUUCCUGUCCAAAGUACUUCUCACUGCCUUGUCUUUAUUCUUUCUCUUUUGAACUCAGACUUGGAUUUCUCUCUGACCCCAACACCCAUGUAUCCAAUUUCCAUUGGAGAUCUCUACUUCUCAAAGGCAUUUCAACACAUCCAAGACUCUCCUAAUUGUUCCCCAGACCUGACCCUCUUGGUGUCACCUAUUUCAACAAAUGGCACCACCAUCCAUUUGGUUGGGCAUUCUCCUUGAUGUCUUCUCCCCCUCAACUCCAUAACCACCUUUCACCAAAGCCCUACUGUCUUGCAUCCUGAAAAUGUCUUGAAUUUGUACACAGCCACUAUGUUUAUCCAAGUUACCACCAUAGAUCUCCCCUUGUACUAACUGCUUUUGCAUCAUUCUCUGCUCCUGUCAUUGAUGGUAGAGUGCAAAUUUCAAUUUAAUUGUGCUACUCUCCAACUUAAGUACACUGUCUUUCAAUUUUAUAGAAGACCAGAAUCCUUCACAUGGCCCAAGGCCUUCUGGUCUGCUUUAUGCCAUCAUCUUCAGAUUCACCUUGUAUCACUCCCUAAGUCUCUGUAUCCCAGCCCCGCUGGAUUUCUUUUACAUUAUCCUGAUGCUGUCCCCUUGCUUGGAAUGGUUGCUCUCCUUUUACACCUCAACCUUUUCACCCAAGAAACUUUUACUCAUCCUUCAGAACCCAGUAUCACUUCCUUUGAUAAGCCUUCCCUGACACCAAUACAGGUCCCUUUACAAUAUACUAUAUAAAAAUCUUAUUCCUUUCCCUCAACUUAUGAUUAGAUAUUCAUCACUAUUCUUAUUUGAUUAUCUGUAUUCCCCACUAGAACUCAUUUGUUUUAGCUUACUAAAAUUAUUACUUUUAUUUCCAGAUCCUAGCCAAGUACAUAUAGCAGGUUUCCAAAAAUACAUGGUGAACAAAUAAUAUAAAACAGAGGUUUAAUUGUUGUAACAGUCUGAGGUAUACUUGUGUGUAAGUAUCCCAGGUUUUCAAGCUCCACAGACAUUUGUUCUCUUCUACUGGGUUAGUAAUAAAUGGGAUACAGAUAGCAAGUUACUUCUCCUAUUAACUUACAAGCUGACUUAUUGUGUAGAAAAAGAUCCAAGCCAAUUGGUCAACCAGAGAGACUUUUCAGUUGGCCAUACGUUUACUCCUUGUAAGCAAAGGUUUCGUUAUUUCCAUUCCCCAAAUUUGGCUCACAAUAGAUACCACUGAAAUUUUUCAAUUAUAAUUUAAUCUGGAAAAUUUGUUUAGAAAUUAAUCAUAAAAAUAUGUUUGCUAAUACUAGUAAAUGGAUGCCUCUUAUUAGUAGAAAACUAAAUACACAUUUCUUUCUCCUUGCCAAAUGAAAUUCAGCUUUUUCAUGCUUAAAUUUAUAAUCAGUCUGGGAAGAAAUCCAUUAUUGGGCACAUUUUGAACUGUAUCCAAUAGAGAAUAUUAGUCACUUACAUGGUAUAAUUUUGAAAUUAACUCACAGAAUAAACAUUGGUGUUCAUGUAGUGCAUGCCUGGAUUUUGCAGAUGGUAUUUCUUUUUAUAUACUAUACAAUUAAUAGGGAGUAGUAUAUACAUGAUUUUUAUUAUACUGUCUACUUUAUCUAAAAUAUUUUAAAUAUUAUUGACAUUAGACAUAUGUUUAUUUAUUUUUAUUAAAAAAUUUUAAAUGAGCAUCAGUGGCAAUGUCUGGUCCAGAUUCAAAUCUUAUCAUUGCCCACGUGUUUCAGAGUUGAAAAGAUAAAGUAUCAAGAUACUGUCAAUACACCUAAUUAACUCCUCUUGUUUCUUAGGUGCAGAAAUUCAGAGUUUACACAUGCAUUGAGGAAACUUAAGAUUGCCGGUCUAGAUAUAUCCAAGUAGAUUGGCCAAGUGUAUGACUCUUUUCAAUGAUUAUGUUGUAUGUACAAACAAAAUAUUACCCUGCUCAUAGCUUACCAGGUCAACAUGUUUCAAGAGCCUUUAUUACACCAAUUACUGGAAAUACCAAGACAAAUAAAUGUCUGCUCUCUGGGAGAUAGCAGUCCCAUGGGUAAGAGACUGACAUGCAGCACAGAUACACAGAAUCUUCUCAGUGCUGAGGAGCCCUGAACGAAAGGUUCUUGCCUUUUUAUCGACUUGGAAGGUUAAGGCACAAGGGAAGGGGGAAGGGCUAACAGUGGGAAGUUACUGAGUCAGGGUGAAAAAAAGUGCCUCAGCUGAGGCCCCAGUAAGGAGGUCCCUGUAUCUGAGUCCUUGACUGCUACUCCCUCUGGAAAAUCCCAGUGGGCUGGCUGUGGGAAGAAUGGCUUCCCCCAUGAUGCCCACCAGGCGAAGCCUUGAAUCUAAGUGCCCAUGGCUGAGCCUGAAAGAUCACACUAGGAUUUUAGUCUGGAGCCAGACUCCACUGAAGGAAAUAUGAUGCCUGUCUGAGAACAUUGGAUUUUACACUGGAAAAGACAUUUCAAACAUUAAAAUGGGGAGUGAUAUGAAUCAAUCUGUACUUUCAGAAUGAUCGCUCUGGCAAUGGUAUUGGGUAGAUGCUAAGCAGAAAGAGCUGGGAGGAAGUCAGAGAAAUCUGCAGCAGUCCCUGAGGAAGGGAUUCAGGUCUAAACCAUAUGAGGUGCACUGGGAGACGCCAGUGCAUCCACCAUUUUUAUCUAGGAUUAGGAACACGGGGCUAGGGGAAAGCGGGAGAAGAUUCGAAGGGGAGACUGAUACUUUGAAUUUAAAGUGACUGCAGGGUCAACCAAAGUGAAAACUCUCACUGGGCAGUUAGAAUACUCAAAUGCUCUCAGGUCAGGCAUCCCAGCUAGAGAAAUGAAUGUGGGAAUCACUGAUGUUAGAAGCAUUUCACGUUAACGGUGAGAAGCUGAAGUCACCAUAGUCCAUAUUGUUAAGUAAAAGGCCCCUUCUAAAUGUCAAUCCGGUUUUGAAUGAUAUAUGUCAGUUGUAUUUCAUUGUAUUUCAAGUAUUUCAUUGUAAGUCAGAAAACCCUC